CGAGUGAGUUGAUACUUGAGAAAAGGAGUUAGCUUUAUAUUCACCUCACCGCCCCCGCGUGUAUCUUUACCAAUUUAUUCCGAGGACAAAGUGGUUAUUGUUUGACAUGGACGGCGAUAGAAAGUAAACAGAGGAGAGAGAAGGAAUGGGAGAUGUUCAUGUUCUUGUGAAGGAGGGGAUCCCAUAUAUCCUUUUCGCGUUGAAUUCCCAAAUAGCUUUUUAGGUGACACGCAGAGAGAGAGAGAGAGAGAGAGAGAGAGAGAGAGAGAGAGAGAGAGAAGGGAAGAAGCAGGUAGACAGAUAGAUAGGAAACUUAACAAAAGGGAAAGGAAAUAGCAAUAGCAAUAGCAAUGAAUUAGUAGUUAGUUGAUUUUGUUUGUGUUUGUAAAAAGCUAGUUUUGAUUGUAUUGGCAACGAAAGCAUCCAUGGAGCCAGUUGUUCGACCCUUGAAAAUGUGAAUUUGUCUAUAUUGAAGUGUUCUUAUCUUAUCUCGCCACACACUAAUUUCGUUUUCUGCCUGGUGGGCUCACAGGCUUAGAACCCAAGUGUAAGUUUCACACACAUUCGUUGCUUUAUUUUCUCCUCCCAUAAAGUCAAGCAAGUACCCCCAGAAAGGCAGUCUCCGAUAAGAUUCAUUUCUCACAAAUUCUCUCUUUUUUUCUCUCUCUCUAAAUCUCACAAACUCAAAACCCAACCAAAUCAAACCAAACCAAUUCACACUGGGAAACUGCAACCCCAUAUUUCAAAUAAAGAAACUGAUUGGCUUUUGGGAUUGAUUGGAUUCAGCUGGAGCAUCAACCAUCAUACACAUACUGCAACACAAUUGAAUGAAAUGAGAGCGGGUCUAAGCACCAUCCAACAAACCCUGACGCCCGAGGCGGCAAGCGUUCUCAACCACUCAAUCGCCGAGGCUGGCCGUAGAAACCACGGCCAAACCACGCCGCUCCACGUGGCAGCCACGCUGUUAGCCUCUCCCUCCGGCUUCCUCCGCCAAGCCUGCAUUAAAUCCCACCCCAAUUCCUCUCACCCUCUUCAGUGCAGAGCCUUGGAGCUAUGCUUCAGCGUCGCACUCGAGCGAUUGCCUACUUCGCAGAACACCACUACUUCCAUUGACCCUCCAAUCUCCAAUGCUCUCAUGGCUGCCCUCAAACGCGCCCAAGCUCACCAGCGCCGCGGUUACCCUGAGCAACAGCAACAGCCUCUCCUCGCCGUUAAAGUCGAGCUCGAACAGCUCAUCAUAUCCAUUCUCGAUGACCCCAGCGUUAGCAGAGUCAUGAGGGAAGCCAGCUUUUCAAGCCCCGCCGUUAAAGCCACCAUCGAACAGUCCCUUAAUUCCGUCCCUUCCGCCGUUAAUUCCAAUCCCAUAGGACUUGGAUUCCGCCCUAGUACGGUGGCUCCGGCCCCCGCGCCGGGGAGGAGCCUUUAUCUGAACCCGCGGCUGCAGCCGCAACAGGGGAGUGCUGCGCAAUUGGGACAGCAGAGGGGGGAAGAGGUGAAGCGAAUUAUGGAUAUAUUGCUGAGGGCGAAGAAGAGGAACCCGAUCUUGGUGGGUGAAUCGGAGCCUGAAGCUGCGAUCAAGGAGGUGAUUAAGAAGAUUGAGAACAAGGAAUUGGGAGAUGGAGCUUUUGCUAAUGCUCACGUGAUUCGUUUGGAAAAGGAGCUUCCUUCUGAUAAGGCGCAAAUAGCAGCGAGGGUGAAGGAGUUGGGGGAUUUGAUUGAGACCCGUAUGGGGAAUUCGGGUUGUGGAGGGGUUUUCGUUGACUUGGGUGACUUAAAGUGGGUGGUGGAGCAACCGGUGGGGUUUGGAGUUGGCGGUGGUUUGGGUAACAUGCAGCAAGUUACGCUUGCCGACACUGGUAAGGCUGCUGUUGCGGAGAUGGGGAGAUUGGUGAGCAAGUAUGGUGAGGGUGGUGCUGGCAGGCUUUGGUUGUUAGGUACUGCUACUUGUGAGACUUAUUUGAGGUGUCAGGUUUAUCAUCCUUCCAUGGAAAGUGAUUGGGAUCUUCAGGCAGUCCCAAUUACCACCAGAGCACCCCUCCCUGGAAUGUUUCCAAGGCUUGGGACCAAUGGUAUUCUGGGUACUUCACUUGACUCUUUCUCCGCGUUGAAGACCUUGCCAACUACGACAAUCACUCCACUGAGGCGUGCCUCAGAGAACGUAGAUCCUGCUGCAGUAUCAAUUUGCUGCCCUCAAUGUAUGCAGAACUGCGAGCAAGAAGUAGCAGAUAUGUUUAAAGAAACUGAGAAGUCUGAUUCUGAACUCAAAUCAGAGGCAGCGCGACCGCCCCUUCCACAGUGGUUACAGAAUGCUAGAAAUAAUAAUGAUAAUGCUAAAGUAAUGGAUCAGGCUCAGAGUAACAGCCAAGAAGUGAAUGUGAAGAAGAGGACUCAAGAGAUACAGAAGAAAUGGCAUGAUGCCUGCUUGAAUCUACAUCCUAAAUUUCAUCAGCAAAAUGUGAUGAGCACAGAGAGAAUUACGCCAACUCCUUUGUCGAUGACGGGCCUGUACAAUGUGAGUUUACUGGGACGCCAACUUCAACCCAAAAUACCACUGAACAAAAACCUCGGAAGCUCAUUGCAAUUGAGCUCAAAUCCAAUGCCAAUCCCCCCACCGGAGCGUGCAGCGAGCCCACGGCAAAGCACGGUAACAACCGACCUGGUCCUGGGGCAAACAAAGCCAGCUGCUGAUACCCCUCCAGAAGAAACACACAAGGAACGCAUCAAUGACUUCUUGAGCUGCCUGUCUUCCGAGUCCCAAGACAAGUUUGAUGAAUUGCAAAGCAAAAAACUACUGGAUGCAGACUCUUUCAAGAAGCUCCUGAAAGGUCUGACGGAAAAGGUGUGGUGGCAGCAGGAUGCGGCAUCAGCAGUGGCCACCACAGUGACCCAAUGCAAACUAGGCAAUGGUAAAAGACGCUCCAAGGGUGACACUUGGUUACUGUUCGUGGGUCCUGAUAGAAUUGGUAAGAAGAAAAUGGCAGCAACUCUUUCUGAGGUGGUAUCUGGCUCCAACCCAAUCAUAAUACCCCUUGCACAACGCCGUGGAGAUGGAGGAGACUCCGAUGCCCCUCAUGUCCGUGGAAAAACCGCACUUGAUCGAAUAGCAGAGGCCAUCAGAAGAAACCCACUCUCUGUCAUCGUGCUUGAGGACAUCGAGGAAGCUAACUCCCUUCUACGCGGAAGCAUAAAACGAGCCAUGGAACAAGGCCGGUUCCCUGAUUCUCAUGGCCGUGAAAUCAGUCUCGGGAAUGUCAUGUUCAUCCUCACAGCAAAUUGGUUGCCAGAGGAUCUCAGGUACCUCUCCAACGGAUCUCCACUGGACGAAGAAAAGCUUGCAGAUUUGGCGAGUGGGGGGUGGCAACUACGCAUAGCAGUGGCUAAGAGGGCAUCAAAACGCAGACCUAGUUGGUUAUCCGAUCAAGAAAGGUCUUUGAAGCCCCGAAAAGAAGUGAAUUCCGGUUUAUCCUUUGAUCUCAAUGAAGCUGCUGAUGAUGAUGCAGAGGAUGACAGGGGAGAUGGGUCACUCAAUUCAAGCGACUUCACAGUUGAUCAUGAAGACAACAAUCACGAUCUAGGAAGGUCUCUCUCAAUACCCCGUGAGCUGUUGGAUUCUGUGGACGAUGCCAUUGUCUUCAAGCCCUUGAAUUUUGAUCUCAUUCGCCGGAAUUUCUCGGCAUCCAUCGCAAAAAGGUUCGCCGCCGUCGUCGGGAACGGGGUUUCAAUUGAAGUGCAAGAGGAGGCUCUUGACAAGAUUACCAGUGGAGUGUGGUUAGGGCAAACCACCAUUGAUGAAUGGAUGGACAAAGUGUUGGUUCCAAGUUUCCACCAACUGAAAAAGAAUUUGAAUUCGUGUACAAAGGAGCAUGAGUCUUUGAUGCUGGUUAGGCUCGAAGAUGACGGCUACUCCGAUUGCCGGAGCUCCCAAGAGUGGCUACCUGGUAGUGUGAGGGUGGUGGCGGAAUAGUGUUCAAACGCAAAGGGACAUGAGUGGUGGAAUCCGUUUUUGUUGGUGGUAGAAAUGUAAAUAGACCACUUUGGCGGGGCAAAGUCAAAGCCCCUUAGUGUUGAACCAAGAAAAACCGUUACAAGUGUUGUCGGGGAUGUGUCAAUUUUUUUCCCUUAGAAAAAGAUUAAUUAAUUUUUGCGUUAAAAACUUUAUAUUGUUUUCUCUCUCUCUUUUUUUUUUUUUUUUUUUUUGUAAACAUAGGUAUAUUUAUUAAUUAAACUGAGAAUGAUUAUUAUGUUAAUAAAAUGGAGCAUAUAUUACUC